AUGCUUGUGUCCCUGACCGUCGGCAAGGUCGAUGCCGGCGUCACGGUGCUCCUGACACCCGACAAGCGCCUUAUCGAGUUCCCCUCCAUCCUGCUCCCGCCCAACAUCUCCUCGGGCAGCAUCGUCGACAUCAACGUCUCGCAAAACGCCACCAAGGAGUCGGCCGAGGAGGCCAAGUUCCGGUCGCUGCAGGAGCGCAUCUUUGCCUCGUUUGGCGCCGCCGAGCCCACGGCGCCGGUGCUGCGCUGCCGCAACGCCACGCAGACGUCGGUCGUGCUCGAGUGGGACCCCGUCUCGCUCGCCACGGCCGACCUGGCGUCCCUGACGCUCUACCGCAACGGCCAGAAGGCCGGCAACAUCCCGCGCCCGCUGCAGAUGCACAGCACCAAGAUCAGCGGCCUCGCCGUCGACACCGAGUACACGUUCCACCUGGUGCUGCGCACGAGCGCCGGCACGCGCCAGAGCGAGAAAGUCGCCGUCCGCACGCACAAGAUGACGGACCUCAGCGGCAUCACCAUCACCACGGGCUUCCUGCCGGCGCCGACUCGGGAGGCGCUCGCGCAGGCCGUCGAGCGCAUCGGCGCCAAGAUUGCCGACGGCGUGCGCAUCGACACGACGCACUUUGUCACGACCGAGGGCCGCGGCACCUCGUGGGAAAAGGCCGUCGAGAACAACAUUCCCGUCGUCAGGCCCGAGUGGGUCGACGCCUGCGAGAAGAACGGACGCAUCCUCGGCGUGACCAAGUUUUACCUCGACGCGAUGCGCCCGGGGCCCCCGAGCGAGGCCACACCGACCUCGACGCCGCCACCGCUGCCGCAAAAGAACCUGCCCCCGGCGGCGGCGGCGGCUCCUCCGCCCGAGAGCAGCAGUAGCAGCGCCCCCAAGAACGACGAGGAAGAGGAGGAGGAGGAGAGUGUGAUUGAGGGCCAAGAGGACACGCCGGCGGCACGUCAAGAGCGCGUCGAGGCCAAGGACGAGGAUGAGGGAGAGGAAGAGCAAGAACCAGAACAAAAAGCCCGCCGACCAUCACACGGCGAGGAGCAAAAGAUGCGGCUCGAAGACAAGGACGGCCAGAAGCUCGCGCUGCGUCCUUCGGAGAGCAAGGCGUCCCUGGAAGCGGCGGUCGAGGACAAGGAGGAUGAGCACGAGGAUGACAAGGACACGGGAGACGAGGGCAAGAAUGCCAAGAAGCCUGGUACGACGCCGGAUGGAGAUUCUUUCCAGGAGGUGCAGCUAUAA